AAGAAUCAAAGAAUGCAAUGAAGACGGUUCUUUAUGUUUUUACUUUUUGUGCCUGUGCUCGUACUUCAAAACCAUCAUGUUGCUUUAUUAUUUAGUCGUUAUUACAAUUUAAAUUAAAGUAGUCCUUAAUCUUGAUCAUAGAAUUUAAAUUAGAUUGUAGGCCUACUGUCAUCCUCGAAAUGGAAGUAUAAGUUAACAUAACUUAAGUGCUGUAUACAAAGGUGGCCAAACAGGAGUUAGCCUGUACCUACCAAGUGCGUAAGCACAAAUUUUCUUGUUUUUCGUGAUGCCGGAUUCCGCUGAAAAUAAUGUUGCUUGUCGAAUAUGCAUGAACCCUAAAGACCAAUAUGUAUCUUUAUUUCUCAAUGACCUGUCAAGGAAAGUUAUGGAACUAGCUGAUGUUCAGGUUGAGAAAGAAGAUGGUUUGCCUGAAAAUAUUUGUGCAGAAUGUGAAAAAGAACUUGAAAAGUGCUACGAGUUUCGACUUAAAGUGCAAGUUGCGGAUAAGAAAUUUCGAAAGUGCUUAGGCCUCAAAUUUGCUCAGGUUGACUUAGAAGAACACAAAAUCAAAGAGGAAAAUUACAUUAACGAGGAUAGUUCUGAUAAUGAAGAUGACACACACUCUGUUUGUAUGGACGAAGAGAAUGAACAUGAACCUGAAGACUCCCAGAGGAUAAGCGAAGAAACUGAAGAGGCCACACCUGAUCCACUGAACCACGUUCAAGUUGUUCAAGAAAACGAGAAAGCUGUUGAAAUGGCUGAGGAUCCUAUUGCCCACACAGACCUUAUGGUCAAACAGCCACAAAUAACGCUGCCAAAAAUUGAAGAAGUGUCCGUGGAUCAAUUUGCAUGUAUGAAGCAAGAAAGCGAGGUUGAUAUAAUGGAUAUUGAUUGUAAUCAACCUGAUCCCUUUGGACCUUCUUCAUCGGUUGGCAGUCCUGUACUGGCAAGGACAAAUUAUUAUUCAUCAGAUUACAACUCAAGAGGUCAUUUUGUAGAAGUGAUGGAAAUUAAAGUAGAACCUAACCUGGAAGAAUCAGAAUGUUCUGAAGAAUAUCCAACAGAAGAAAAUUAUUCUCAUUUGCCUCUAUAUAUGAAUCCUUUUGCUGUAGCCUAUCCAAACACCACAACACUUUCGAGGAGCAGAACUACGUCUCCAGACAAUCAAUCAACUGACUUGAGUUCUAGUGGUAAUAUUGAGAGUGGAAACACUGCAAUUCCAAAUACUAAGAAAUUCAGAUCUGGGAAUGAGAAUAACACCUCUACUGACAGCAUUGCCAUUAAUCAAGACACUUCAUUUCAGUCAAUCUUUGACAAAGAACCAGAGGGUUUCUGUUUAGUUUGUAGUGUCGAUUGUGGAACGACUGAAUUGCUAGACGAGCACAAAGCCGGCAACUACUUUGUCUGCAGGAAUUGUUCAGUGACAUUCAAAAACCACAAUGAUCUUGAGAACCACUUCUUUAGCCAUGAAGCAUUUCUUUGCGUGAGUUGUAAGAAACAAUUCUAUUGCAAACACGAUCUUUACCAACAUAAAAAAACAAACUCAUUGUGUAAAGGUAAGCGGGCUCAUCCCGGGUACAAGUGCAGGCUUUGUAAAAGUAAAUUUGUGAAAAAGUUGUCUUUAGAUGAACAUUUGAGACAGAAGCAUCCCACUGGGGAGUCUACCACAUAUCCUUGCAUCGUUUGCAAAAAGAUUUCAAAGUCCUCAACUGACUACAAUUAUCAUAUGAAAACAACACAUAUUGUCUCUAUCAGUUUUGAGUGUGAAAUUUGUCACAAAAUUGAACAUGGGCCAGAACAGUUGAAGAAUCAUAUUCAAAACACGCAUAUUAAAGGUUCUCAAUGUUGCCCAAUGUGUACGAAAACAUUUGCCAAUGAACGAAUGCUAAAAGCGCAUAUGGAGCUUCAUAUCGGAAAGGAAAUAGAGUGUGAAACUUGUGGAAAGAUUUGUAAGGGUAGAAAUGCUUAUAACCAUCAUCAACUAUGUCACAGAGGCAGGGUGUACACUUGUGAAGUUUGCAAGAUUCAAUUUAAAAAGAGAGCGGAAAAAAACGAUCAUUGUCAGUUGGUUCACAACAUUAGUAAGAAAAAGCGAGAUUCAGCUCCAGUCAUUUGCGAAAUAUGUGGAAAAAGCUACAAGUCUGCAAGGAUUUUGAAGGAACAUAUGCUACUGCAUUCUGAAGAUAAGAACUUUGUGUGUCAAAUCUGUGGAGCCGCUUUCAAAUUAAAAGUCGCCCUCCGAAAACAUAGUAGGGUACAUAGUGAUGAAAGCAAGUAUUCUUGUGAGAAAUGUGGAAAGGGCUUUAGAUGGAAGCCAACUUUUGAUAAACAUGUGCUAAAGUGUGAAUCCUCAAAUGAUACAGGUUCUGAUUCUGAGAGUGAAUAAAAUCUCACUUGAUGUAUUGGGUUUCCGCUAAACCAAACCACCUGUUGGAGAAUGAAGAUAUUGUAGUUAAAUUAAUACCCCUGCCAUAGCAAACCUGUAGACCAAACAAACUUCCAAUUGUCUGAUUGGAUGUUUUAUCUAUUUUUUUUUUUCAAAAUGUCAGGUUAAUUCCCUAUUUAUAUAACCUUAGAUUCAGAGCCAGCCUUAAAUAUGUGCGAAAGGUGUGGCCGCUUAGGGUUCUGCACCUCAGAUGGGCCAUGCUUGGUGCAAAAGCAAAAACUAAUUGAAAAUCGGUAUUUUUAUUUUAUUUAAAAUAACUUUUAAUACCAGUACUUGCCAAUGAGUUUCCGAACCAAUUGUUUUUUCAUAUUUUUCCCCUAAAUCAUAGGGGAAAAUAUGAAAAAACAAUUUUUGAAAGGAGACCAACAAAUAACCUGAUCUUGCUGGUUCGCGAACUCUUUCAAAACAACCAUACUGUGGAGUUUAAAAAAACAAAUAAUUGUUUAUAUUGAAGCAUUGUUAAAGUUCUAUAAAACAAUGCACAAAAGAAUCUCAAAAGAAAACUGUUAGUUUGCUUACUUAGUUUUGUCAAUGGUUUGGCAAAUUUAUCUAUUUUGUCCUAUGCUAAUAACAUUUGGUCAUAAAAACCCUUUUUAACUUCACCGUAGCAGCAAACCUAGGUUAGACGAUAAAUCGUAAAUUGUGAAUAAACCGUUAAUGUUAUUUAAUUAAGUACACUUGGGGAAUAAAUAUUUUUUUUUGUUAGUCCUAUUUUGUACAAAUCCAAUCAGAUGUAUUAAAUAUUAAAUUCACUUAGUAUGCAGGCUUCCUGUGGUAGGUGUAUUUUUUAAUUGUCGUAAUACAGUAGCCAAAUUUUAUCACAUAUUUAUUCAUAACGGUUAAUUAACAACAGUUUCCUAUGCAUCCAUAAGAAUAAAACAAGUAUUUUAAAUUUAUGGUUUUAUUUAUUUUCUCUGCAACCUUGAAUUAUUCUGCAAUAACCUUGAAGGUACACAAAAUCUCCAUAACAGAGCAAAUUACAACAGUUCACUUAUUCAUCAUAAGGAUAACAUAAGAAUUUAAAAUGACAGUUUUUUUUACUUUUCCCCAUAACUGUUUAACGUACCAGAACACUUAAAUUUUGUAAAUUAUUAAAAUUCAAAACGUAGCCCCUGAACUGCAACUAGACAAUUAAUUGUAAUAAGGUACAUACCUUCAUGUCAACAGUUAAAGUUUGGUAGGUAGUCAAACUUGCGACAUGUUUCACCUAUUCAGGCAUCUUCAGGUGAUCUAUCAAGAAUGCUUCAUCCAUUAAGAGUCGUCAAGUAACUUUCAAAUAAAUACACAAAUGACAUACACACAACAAAUUUAACAUUUAAAGUAGGCCUACUAUUAACUGGUUGCGGUACGGAGCCAGACUGGCUGGAAUUAUGGAACACCGACCCCUUCUGUGUUAUCAAUUGUAGACCUACUACAAAGGUCAAACUGUUCCUAAAUAGAGUGUGAUUUGAAGUUUAGCUGGUCAUUCAAAAUUUUAUGGUUUUUAGUGUGGCUGUCUUGGAAGCUUUUAUGAUUUGAAAUUUUUCUAGAGAAUCCAGUUUUAUUUCUUAAUUUCCUUAAUUACAAAUUUAAAGAAUUUCCAGGCUGUCGUUGAUUAGAUCCACAGUGUGACUUUUAUCCAAUAAAUUCUGGACAAAGGUAGAUUUUUGUUUGUCUGCCCUAGGGUCAGGGCGGUGUUCUUUGUGCCGUUAGGUAAAGGUC